UUAAAUAGGCAAGACAGGCAGUGUUAGACGCUAUGAGGACGUGGUGUCUGUGGUUGGCUCCUCCCUUUGGCCUGUGUCCUCCAGGUGGGGCCAGGGCUCUCUCUGAUUGUCCCCAUGUCCCCACGUCCCCAUGCCUGCCUCACCCAGCACUUGGUGUGGAGGAGGUUGCAAAGGGGACAGCUGGAGUUUCUUUGGAGUCUGGCAGGUAGGGCUCUGCCCCAUUUUCUCCCCCCUGAAUUCCCCUUCCCUCUAGGCACCUGCUUCCUCAGCGUGGCGCAAGGGGCCUCACUCAUACCGUCUUCGUAUCCCACAGGAGCUCUGGGUUUGGUCCUGGGACACCCUUUUGACACUGUAAAGGUGCGGCUACAGACCCAGACCACAUACCGGGGCAUCAUCGAUUGUAUGGUGAAGACUUACCGCCAUGAGUCGCUCCUGGGCUUUUUCAAGGGAAUGAGCUUCCCCAUCGCGAGCAUAGCCAUGGUCAACUCCGUCCUGUUCGGGGUCUACAGCAACACCCUGCUGGCGCUCACGGCAACCUCUCACCAGGAACGGCGGGCCCAGCCACCCAGCUACAUACACGUCUUCAUAGCUGGCUGCACCGGAGGGUUCGUGCAGGUCUACUGCUUGGCCCCUUUUGACCUCAUCAAAGUCCGGCUACAAAACCAGACGGAGCCAAGGGCGCGGCCUCCGGGCAGCCCCCCGCCCCGGUACCGGGGGCCUGUGCACUGUGCGGUCUCCAUCUUCCAGGAGGAGGGGCCCCGCGGGCUGUUCCGGGGAGCCUGGGCCCUGACGCUGAGGGACACCCCCACGCUGGGGAUCUAUUUUGUCACCUAUGAGUGGCUCUGCCGCCAGUCGACGCGGGACGGCCAGGACCCCAGCCCAGCCACGGUGCUGGUGGCAGGGGGCUUCGCAGGCAUCGCCUCCUGGGUCGUAGCCACGCCCUUGGAUGUGAUCAAGUCCCGGCUGCAGAUGGCGGGGCUGAAGCGCAGGGCGUACCGGGGGGUGCUGGACUGCAUGGUAAGCAGCGCCCGGCAGGAAGGUCUGGGGGUCUUCUUCCGGGGGCUGACGAUCAACAGCGCCCGCGCCUUUCCUGUCAACGCCGUCACCUUCCUCAGCUACGAAUACCUCCUCCGCUCGUGGGGGUGAGUCCGGGCAGGUAAUGCCGGCCGCUCCCCAGCGAGGCCACCGCCCACCUGCCCAGCUUG